GCCGGAGGAGGGCGGGCGAGGCGCCAUGGAGGCGCUGUGGGCCGCGCUGGGCGAGGUGGCGCUGGAGGGCCUGGACGGCGCGACCCCCGGGGCCCUCUGGGAGCGCCUGGCCGGCCGCGUGCCGCCCUUCCCGCUGCCGCUGGAGCCCGAGGCCCGGCAGCUCCUCUGGGCCUCCCUUGCCGCGCACGCGCAGCUCCGCUUCUACCUGCUCCCUCAGCCCAGGCCGCCGCUGCACCUCUACGACCGGUGAGCCGGGAGGGGCUCCCAGGGGGCAUCUAGUCCAGCCCCCUGCAGGAGCAGCGGCGCCCCGAGCCUCUCCUGAAGAAGCCCCCGCGAAGGAGAGCCUGCUCCGCCGAGCGGAUAUCUCCCCCCCCCCGCCCCCGUCAGGAAGCUCUUCCCAAGGGCUCGGAUGUCAUUCACGUUUCUAGUCCUGGGGAGGCCCCGUGGCUGGCUCCGCCAAGAUAUGGGAAAAGGAGUUUGAGAUAAGACUGGCGGUAUCCUAGUCCCCCAAUGCUCCAGUUCUCGAAGGAAAAAAGCUUCCAGUACUGUGUACCAUUGAGUUCCUCCAGGAAAAAAAACUGGAUGUACAUUUCCAAAAUAUAAGAUUAAAAAAUAAAAAUAAAACCUACAUACAGCAACAGUGUUUUGUGUUGUGCAGGCUCCUAUGAUGUAAGUCUUGGGCCCCGCCUGCUGGCCUGCUCCCUAAAAUAUCACUGGUUUGCUCCUUUCGAAAUAUAGGGUGCCUACAUUCUGCAUGUGCAAAUGGCUUUAGAUAUCUAUUAGGUCCAUCAAUUAUCAUAUAGCAUAUCUUCAACAGAAAAAAACGACAAUUUGUUGUUGACAAAGGACAGCUGGACAUAUAAAGGGCCCCAUUACCUUCAGGGCCGCAUCAAACCUAAAUCCGGCCCUGCCAUCAUGCUUGGGAUGUGCUUUGUACAGUUCUGGUCGCCUCCCCUCAAAAAGGAUAUUAUAGAAACUUCAGAAAAGGGCAAUGAAAAUGAGACAAGGACAUGAUGGAGCGGCUUCCCUACGAGGAAAGGCUUCAACAUCUUUGUUUAGAGGAAAUGAGGGGAGCUUCUUUAAAAAAACAACAAAAAACACUUGCUGCAAAUCUUGGGCAGGCAGACUGGGGUUGAGAAGCGCUAAUUCUCUUCUUCUCAUUUUAGGUAUGAAGAAAUUGAUCUUGAAACAGGAAUACUGGAGACCAAGAGAGAUCCUGUUCCUUUAGAUGACAUUUAUCCUGUGCACAUGAUUUUGGAUCACCCUGAAGGCAUUCAGGGUUCGUGCCAGUAUUUUAAAGAGAGGCUGGAUAUUACUGACCUGGUCAGAACAAAAGACCUACGGCCCCUUUGCACAUAUACAGAAGCUUAUGAGAAGUGAGUAAGCGUUUGCUAGUUACUUUUGCUCCAGGCUCUCUAUUGGUGGGGCAGAGGUCUGCAGAGUGGGCAAGUGGAGCAGGACUGUUGAAUUUAUUCUGUUGCAGAACUGUCCACGGAGUCAAAAGGAGAAUUGUAUAGCUUUGUCAUAAGGUAGAAAGAAAAGUGUAUUUUCCAGUAAAAGUUUGAAUGCCGGUGUCAAGCAUACCUGGAACAAGAUGAAGGAGUGUGACAAUGUCACUAUCAUUAAGACUUGGUGGAUGUGGGUGGGCAGGUGUCAUUCUCAAUUGACACAUCAGUGUGAAAGCUUAUUCCUGGAGGACAAAAGAAGGGUGCAGUGCCACAUGUCUGCACCUAAAUUUAGGCUAGCUAAGUGGAGAUGGGAAGAAGGGUGCCUUUGUGGGAAUGUGCUAAAACAAGGGCCACCAAAUGAGGUGGUUAACCUGUGGCCUUCCAGAUGCUGUUGGUCUCCAACAGCAGUCAGCCCCAGUCGUCAUGGUUAGGAAUCAUCAUUCCAGUCCAGCAACAUCACAGCAGGGGCACAGGUUAGCCGCCUGUGCUUUGGGCUAAUAACCAACAAGCCUGCUCCUUCCAAGUUUAUCCUGUUAAAAAAAAGCUGCAAGAGAAGAAAUACCUUUGCCUGCUUGUCACUUCUGUGGUUCUGUUACUAACGGCAAUACUCAUCUUGGGAAGAAGGAAACGUGGGAAUCUAGUAAUUGUCAGCUUUUCCUACUUGCUUGGAAGUAAUUAGUGAAGGUGUAAGUGGACGUUCCUUCAGCCUCUUGCUACUGAGAGGUGAUUGGGUUUGCUACGUGGUGCUUGCUUAAAGUGCCUCUUUGAGCCCACCAGCACUCCAGAUUCAUGGGAGCUUUGGUCAGCUUUGCAGUGUCUUUUCGGGAAUAGGGAGGAUCUGGACAAGAAAGCCUAUUGUUUGGGUGGGGUCGUGAGUUGAAAUGUGCCCCCGUUGCUUUGCGUAUUCCAGCCCUACGUACGCAGUCUGAGCAGCCACUACUAGACACAAAAUGAUCCCAAGGAAGAAAAUGCUGCAUAGCUUGAUGGCAAUGCUGCUGUGGCACAGAAAGUGGGUGAUUCAUUGGGGAAUGGGGGAAAUUACCUUCCUUUUCAUGUCUUACUGCUUUGCAGGUGGGGAGAGAAGCUGGUGAUCGUUGCCUCUCAGAUGCUGCGCCACAGAACGCUAAUAGGAUGGGAAGGGGAUCCAGACUUAAAACUUCCCGACUUCUCCUACUGCAUUUUGGAGCGCUUGGGGCGUGCCCGGUGGCAGGGAGAGCUGCAAAGAGACCUCAGCGCAGCUUUUAAGUAAGUGCCCGGGUUGCGGCCUGUUGCAGUAACUCAUUCUGGCUCCAGCUGUGGCGCUUCACUGGCAGAAGUGAUAGCAUGUGGUCAGACAUCCGCCUCUGGUUUGGAGAAGAUACCUUGUCCCGUGGGCUGGCAUAAGAGGAUAGGAUUGACUUGGUUUGUUUUGCAGCGGUAUUCUGGAAUGUCUUAAGUUAGGCUAGAGCCUGUCUCUUGUGGAGCUGCUAUGAUGAUAGACAAGCCUCACCCCCAAAUCACUGUGGACACGCCACAACCCUGAGCUGUAUCCAGAGCCUACCCUUUCAAAACAUCACAGGCCUGGCAAAUGCUAGCUAAUUGCUUGGGGGAAGCAUUCUUUAGCCCAUUUUAUCCCAGCUUAAAUUUUAAGCAGGCUUAACAUAGUGUAAGACACUUGCAUGGUUCCCUGGAAGAUGCAGGUUCUGGCCCUGUUAUUGUUGGUCUACACUCUACAGCAAACUCCGGCCCUCCAGGUGUUUGGGACUACAAUUCCCAUCAUCCCUAGCUAACCAAUGGUCAGGGAUGAUGGGAAUCGUAGUCCCAAACAUCUGGAGGGCCAGAGCUUGCCUAUGCCUGGUCUACAGGGUUAGCUUUUGUCUCCUUUCACCUUCUGUGGCGUGCUUAAUUUUCAUAAAAUCUGUCCUCAUCCUAGGGUGGAUUCCGGGAAGCUUCAUUACCACCGACGAGUCCUGGACAGAAAUGGGCUCAUCACCAUGCAGUCCCACGUGAUCAGGCUGCCAACGGGGGCCCAGCAGCACUCCAUCCUCCUGCUCCUGACCCACUUUCAUGUUGACAGGUGUGUGUUGCAGGGAGGUCAAGGAAGCAGUGCUGGGGGGGGGUAUUUUAAUUGCCUCCUCCUACGCUCUUCCCCUGAUCUAUAUGCACCCCUUCACCUUCACAGGAAUGACAAAUCAGUACCUGAGUCCCCACCACCACCCUGGCUAAUCACAGCUUGGGGGAGUGACUUAGGUGGGGGAAAUAGCGUGGGAGGAAAUGACUGAACAUCCUUCAUUGCUGCUCUCCUGAUCAAAUUAUUACUUUAUUUAAAAAGUUUUUAGGCUAUUUUUGGGACAGAGUGGCCUCUUAAAGCCAUUUAUAGCCAUGUGCAAAUAGAAACCCAUAAAAUCCAACAGCAAAACGGGUUAACCAAUUAAAAUCCACCCCAAUAACAUUCAAGCCAGGAUACCAGCAGAAUAUCCCAUCUAGUUUUAAAUAACAGCAUGUGAUAACCUAUAUCCGGAACUCCCUAGUGUGGCACCAAGACACCCUCAGGCUCCCCAGUCAUAGGCCACUUUGCUUGUUUUUGGUAUCACCUGGAGAACAUUAUUUAUUGCGGAGGCACAGGAAGGGAAACAUGAUACUUUAUCUGAAGCGAUUUUGCAUUUUCCCCAAAAUUGCAAGUGUUCACAGUUCCUGUCAAAGAGAUUUGACUCUGAAAUGCAUAAAGGACAAUAAACAUCUUCCAGCGAGUACUGGAGCUUGUCUCCUCUCUGACUGGGGCAGUUUUGUUGUAGGCCAGAGGAAGGAGAGAGUCUGGCCUUGGUAUUCAAUCUAGCUGAGCCCACAGGAUGAAGCCUCUUUCAUCUUGUGAGGGCAGCAGCAAUGGUGACUCUGUCUUUUUCAGGGUGGAUUUAAUUUAAAUCAAUUCUAUUUAAAUCACUAGUCAGUAAGACUUGAUUUAAAUCUCUUUUUUUUUUUUACAGAAAGACUCAUUCUUGCUGGUAUAAUCUUAAUCUUAAUAUUUACAACCAGAUAAAGGUUUCAUUUUUGGAAUAAUAAAUUUUCAGAGUAGUUUUUACAGUUCUAUCAAAAAUUACUGAUUUGGCUAUACUAUUAGAAAUACAUAGACAGAUAAAUAUGAAAUUAUUGUGAGGUUAUAUAAGUUAACUGUUUAUAUUUGGACAACUUUUUUGCUGUACUUUAUUGGAAGGAGAAAAAUAAUCAUUUCCUUAAUAAUAAUUUAAACAAUUAAUUUAACUAAAACUAUAACAUUGUAGCAUAUGUAUCCAUGUUUGUUAACUGGUUAAACGGGUUUGUUUGUUUGUUUUUAAAAAAACUUAGACUGAGUUUUAGCACAAAUGAAAAACUGAAAACAAAUCCUUAUUUCCUGUUGAAUAGCCUUUGGACUAUAAUGUAACUUAAACAGAAAACUAUCUUUAGCAAGAUUUUUCCUCCAAAAGCAUUUAAUUUUAAAAAUAUGAUUUAAAUCAAAAAAACCCCACCCUGCUCUAUGCUCUUGCAUAUGUCAAGCAAGACUUCUGCCCCCAACCUGCACUUCCUCCUGCCUGCCCCCUAGUCUUGCCCACGUCCCACCGGAGCACCACUUACCCAUCCGAAAAUCCAAUAUUUUUUUUAAAACCAUUGACUUUUAUCCACCCUGGUCUGCUUCUUCCUAGGGGUGGUCAGAGCUUUCCUUGUGCCACUCACAGCUGGCGCCCCACCCAAGGGGCGGGUGUCCUCUGGCUAGAGGUGUGAGGAGGCAUUGGUGCCGCCUGCUUACGGUUGCCUCUCUUGGGUUUUAGGAGGAGCAAAUACGAUAUCCUCAUGGAGAAGCUGUCCACUAUGCUGAGCAAGCGACCUGGUCAUAUGGAGACGCUGGCGAGCAUAAGGGAGGAAUUGGUGAGCACCUGGCUGUUCUUCCAUGCGCUUGAAACCCGUCUGCGUGCAUCUGAGCGGGUGGUGCUUGUUUUGCUGGAGUCUUUCGGACGGAGAGGAGCUUCUCAGGUGGUGUUUCUUCCCCAGGGCCGCAGGGGCAUUUGGGGGUGCCGACCCAUGAAGGCCCCCUCUGCCCUGCUGUGUUUCGCCUCCAGCGGGAGCCAAACAGAAAUGUGUCUAUUCUCUCUGUGGGCCUUUGGAGCAGCCCUCGUUUCUCUCGCUUCUUGAGCCUCCAAGGAGGGUUGGGGCCUUGGCAUGAGGCUUACGGGGGAAACAGGCUUGCCUGCCAUUCCGUCCUGAAGUCAGUUGCGGCCAGCCCUAAAACUGCUUCUCUCUCAUUGCACAACGACAGGGUCUCUGUGAGAAAACAUUUAAGCGUCUCUAUCAGUAUAUGCUGAAUGCCGGCUUUGGAAAGAUUGUGACCGUGCCGUUACAAGACGUUCACCCUGAUGGAGGUCCCUUCAAGACCAAGAAGGGUAAGAGGGCACCUCACAGCUUCUGGAAGGGGGUCAGGCUGCCUUGGCACUGCCACCCUUGCGCAGAAGAGUAGCCUUGUAAGUCGCUUUAGGGUGUCUUGGACAAGAUAAAGUAAUUAACAAAUUUUAUAUUAUUAUUAUUAUUAUUAUUAUUGCUGCUGCUGCUGCUGUUGUUGUUCUCCUGCUUUAAAGUGAAGAGAGAGGGCCCUGUGGAAGCUCUUGCCACCACAGUACUUCUCUCUAGAUCAGGGAUGGGGAACUUUCAACCCUCCAGAUAUUGCUGGACUCCAUCUCCCAUCAGCCCCAGCCAGCAGGGCCAAUGGAUAUGAGAGUUGUAGUCCAAGAACAGCUGUUUCCUGUCCCUGCUCCGUAUGCAGGGGGCUGAACACUCCGUGUUAAAACUGGGGGUGGAAUGAGUCCUUUUUUAGGCAUAUCACCCCCAGAAGCACAAUUUCUUGAGAUUCCGGUUUUCUGCCUUGCUAAGUCUCCUUUUGUGUUUUGACAAACUGGGCGGGUAUGCUUGUUCAUUCGCUCCCAGGAACUGACGUAAUGGUUCGCUGCCUGAAACUAGUGAAGGAGUUUCGGAAGAAGGUGGAUGAUUACCAUGACGACGACGACGAAGAAAUGAUCACCAAAGCCGUGCAGCCUGUGGACAUUGUCUACGAGAAGGAUAUGCUGACUCAAGCGUAUGAGCUAAGUAGGUAAAUGGCUCAGGCCCCAAACCUCUCAGGGGCUGGGUGUUGGGUUGAAAUAAGCGUCAGUAGAGGGGGCAUCUUGGCAGUUCCUUCACCCUCAGAAGUUUGGGGGCAGUGGCCCGAGAGAGAGCCUUACCUGUGGUGGCCCCUGAUCUGUGGAACUCCCCAUAGAAGUGUACCUGCCACCUUCAUUAGACAGCUUUCAGCGAAUGCUGAAGGCACACUCUUUACCCUGGCCUUUGACACUUAAGGUGUAUAUUUUUAGGAUCCGCCUUACCCUUCAACCCAUCUGAACUCUCCUACCAUUCAGCAUCUUUGGGGGGACCUGUUGUUGUUUACUCGUUUAGUUGUGUCCGACUCUUCGUGACCCCCUGGACCAGAGCACGCCAGGCCCUCCUGUCUUCCACUGCCUCCCGCAGUUUGGUCAAACUCAUGCUGGUUGCUUUGAGAACACUGUCCAGCCAUCUGGUCCUCUGUCUUCCCCUUCUCCUUCCGCCCUCCAUCUUUCCCAACAUCAGGGUCUUUGCCAGGGAGUCUUCUCUUCUCCUGAGGUGGCCAAAGUCUUGGAGCCUCAGCUUCAGGAUCUGUCCUUCCAGUGAGCACUCGGGGCUGAUUUCCUUCAGAAUGGAUAGGUUUGAUCUUCUUGCAGGCCAUGGGACUCUCCAGAGUCUCCUCCAGCACCAUAAUUCAAAAGCAUCCAUUCUUCGGCGAUCAGCAUUCUUUAAGGUCCAGCUCUCACUUCCAUACAUCACUACUGGGAAAACCGGAGCUUUAACUAUACGGACCUCAUGUUAUGCUUUCCCCUCCUCCCCCUCUGCAGUUGAAAGCUGGGGGACCAAAGGCAUUUCUCAAGCUGAACUCCGAGCCGCCAUGAAUGUGGGGAAGCUGGAAGCCAGGAUGCUCUGCCGCCUCUUGGAGAGAUACAAAGUGAUCAAGGUAACACUUGUCACGGCCUCCGCUGCUGGCCUUGCGCACGGGCCCCUUCCUCAACAUGCAGGAAAUGCCAGGUAAAGGCUGAGAACGGUCUUGAUCCUUGCUUAGGGAUUCAUGGAAGACGAAGGCAGGCAGCGGACGACCAAAUACAUCACCUGCACGUUUGCGGAAGAGAGCGACCUCAGCCGGCAGUUUGAGCGGGAGAAGGCUCGGAGUGAGCAGCUGGCCAUGGCCAGCGUGUCGGUGGCCCCCGACGACUCCAUGCCUGGGGAGGAGCAGCUCUCUGCAGCCGAGGAGGAGGAGGAGAUGCCUCUGCUCUCUGAAUCGGAGAACGAGGAGGAGGCGAGAGAAGGCGGGAAGCCGAGGAGCGCCAGCUCAGCGUCGCUGCUCAGGCUCAGUUUCCGAGGAGGAGGCAGCCCGUGCCAGUCAACGCCAGUGAAAGGUACAAGGGGUGAGCUUUGGCCAAGAGGGCCACUUCCUUCCUCAGUGGCCAUGUUAGGCUCUGUGUCUGCCUGUCUCUCUCUCUUUCUGUCUGUCUCUCUGUCUGCUUGCAGCCUUAAGAACAGCAAAGUGGUGUGUGAUGUUGCAGAAAUUGCAUGACUUUAGAACAAAGUUUUUAAUAAGGUCUGAGUGCUGAGCUCUGUAUAAAGGGGGCAGGUGCUUAAUUAGGGGGGUUAGGAUUGCUCAAGAUCGCCAGAAAUCCAUGAUCUCUGUCAGCAUCUGACCCAUUGCCUGUGAUACAGCAAAGCUUGCAACAGUUGCUUGGUUGUGUUGCUGACCAGCUCUGUGUUUCCUCUCCCUCUGUGUCUUUUCUUAAAACUAGCCCAGAAAUUGCUAGCUCCAAGGACCCUGGGGAGGAAGCUGUCUCCGUUGCGCCCUUCUGAAUACCCAGAAGAGCUUCCUGAACACACCGCAAAUGAUGAUUCCACUUUGGACACACUAAAGCAGGAAAGUGGCCUCUCAAAUUGUGCCCAUUUUAUAGAUCAUGCUGAUGGUAUGGCUCUGGUUGAGGAAGUCAAGCUGGAGACUCCCAAAGUAAGAGGCCUUAAAGCCUGAACAUUUGUUGCUAGUGCGCAUGUUUUGGCACACUUGGGAUGGAAAGUCUUUCGCAAGGUGUGAGCUGGGACGGGGGGCCAGAGUCACUGGAGGGGGGGGUCACCUCCCUUGCCUGCUAUGGACAGCUUGGAGGGCCACGUUUGCUGUGGGUUGGCUGAUGGAGGAGCCAACUUCAGGCGGUUCAGCCUCAGGGAGUGAGAAGGGAUGUUCCUGGGGGCUUUUGAGCUGGCAUUUCCACAACCCAGUGGGCAUCAGAAGGUGGCACAGCAAUACAUUUAUAAAAGGGGAAACCAGUGAAAUUUAUAAAACUGGAAAUGGAGGAUCAAGAAGAUAAUUAAAAGAGGUGUGGGGAAAGGAGACAACAGGGGUGGAUGGUUCGCAGGCGAUGAAGGACUUGCUCACAAAUUUAUUGACAGCUGCACGAAUUAUGAUAGCUAGGAAGUGGAAGGGGCAAGCAGAUUCUAAAAUGGAAGAAUGGUAUAAAGAGGUGUGGGGUGUACCUAUUAAAGAUAAAUUAACAUGUGCCAUUAAGGUAAGAUGGGGAAUAUAUCCUCAAAUAUUAAUUUGAGGAAUUAUGAAGGGUGUUUGUAGAAUUUGUACUGUUGAAAUGGAAAGGGGUCAAAACACUGCAGGAUGUGUUGAAAUUUUGGGAGGUUGGAUAGUUACAGUGUAAUGGUCUCGGGGGUGAGGUGCACAUUUUUAUUCUUAUUUCUUUAUUAUUAUUACUUUGUCAAAAUAAAUAAAAGACGAAAGAGAAGGGGGCAGUGCUUCUGUGCUGGUCCAGGAAGUGUAUCCAUCUGUCCUGAGCCUCUACUUCAGCAGCGCGGCACUUGCUUCACGCGCCAAAGGUUCCAGCCACAAAGGGCCGGGAGUGCAUCGCAGGCCUUGCACACCAUGUCUCACCUGGGCGUUGAAACCUGUCUCAUACCCAGGGGGGACUAACUCCUAGGGCCCCAACACUCCCUCAGUCUGGGUGCACUGAAAGUCUCGUGCAUGGUCAAGAGCCUGUGCACUUCUUCCCAAACUCACAAACUUCAGUCCAGUCCCAAAGGGUGGAUUCCCUUUGGGGUUGAUGCCACAGGCGUAGCCCACUAGCAAGUCUUCUUUUAGGGCUGCCAAUUGGCCAAGCAGCUGCUGAGCCCCAGUUGUAACAAUCAAACUUGGCGGCUCUUGCUUCAGCCUCUACAAGUUCCACCCAGUUUCUGCUACAGGGGACCCACAACUUACGUGUGGUUUACUUCCGCGAUUGCAGCUUUGUGCAGGUGGUACCUGGACAAUAACCUUGGUGUAGGUUGCUGUGUGUGGAAAGGAAGUGGGUGUGCAGAGGAGGGUGGGGUGGCGGCCAGUUUGUCCAACUCCCCCUUUCUCUCUCACUGCCGGGGGCUUCUCUUUUGGUUUCCUUGUCCCGAGUGUGGCGUAAGGAGCGUCUGGGCGGCAGGAUUUCACCUGGCCUCUAUAAACUGUGGUUUUCUGCCCCUGUGCCAGAAAAGCUGUGAUGUCAAGAAGAAAGAGAAGGGCUGGCGAGCCUCGGGGGUGGAGCGCUCCCACGAGACCUACCGCCUGCUGAAGCGCCGCAACCUCAUCAUAGAGGCCGUGCGCAACCUCCGCUUGAUCGAAAGCUUGUUUGCGUAAGUCGGGGGUUCGGAAGCGAGCACCAGCUUUUCCCCCUUGCCUGCCGGGCAGCCUGCUCCCUGCUCCACCAGGGCACAUUCCACAGGGAGUGAGUUGGGCUCCUUGGAGGAAAAUGUGGGAUUGGAUGCAAUAAUAAACAAGUGUGUAUGUGCCUUGUUGCAGCCUUCAGAAGAUGAUAAUGGACCAGGAGAAGCAGGAAGGGGUUUCCACCAGGUGCUGCAAGAAGUCCAUUGUCCGCCUAGUGCAGAAGCUCUCCCAGGAAGGCCUCCUGCGCCUCUUCCGCACCACGGUCAUCCAGGAUGGCAUCAGCAGAAAGGUACACCGCCUGCCAGGGCUCCCCCUGGCAUGUUAGUGUUGCCCAUCCGGGUGAUAUUGGAGGGGCAAAUCUUUUCCAGCUAGUGAAUUUGGGGAAGGGUGACGGAGAUGGUUGAAGUUCAGUCCUCCUAAAGCAAUGGUUCUCAACCUGUGGGUCCCCAGAUGUUGUUGAACUACAACUCCCAUCACCCCUACUUAGCAAAGCCAGAGCUCAGGGAUGAUGCGAGUUGUAGUCCAACAACAUCUGGGGACCUAUAGGUUGAGAACCGCUGUCCUAGAGGGUCUCAAGGUACCCAGUGAUAAGAAAGAGACAGCAGCCUGAGUCCUCUGCCGGGGAGCCACUGCCGCUCAUAGAAUCAUGAAAUAGGGAGUCACAAGGGACCCCGAGGGCCAUCUAGUUCAACCCCCUGCAAUGCAGGAAUCGCAGCUAAAGCAUCCCUGAUGGAUGGCCACCCUGUGGGAUGGGUUUAAUUGCAGUUUCUCCCUCCCAGCUCCCACACGUGUGGGUUGAGCAGAGUUUUAAACUCCCAUUCUUGGCAGAAAAAUUAAAAGCAUAGAAAUUGGGAUGUAAAACCUUAUUCUGGGCAAGUCCAGCUACAAAGUAAGCUGGCUCUCCCUUUCUUGUCCGUUCAACAACUUGUAAGUUUAAACAAAAUAUUUACUUACAUUUACAUUGGUUCACAACAAUAGCAGCAGUAAAACCAAUGCAGGCAAAAUACUUUUAUGUACUGUAUAACCAGCUCCAGGCACCUGCCUAAAGUUGGAGCACCUGACGCUGGUCAAAGGAAGAGGAACAGGAAGUACUAGAUGCUCCUUUUUCUCCAGGAGAGGAGGGGAAAUGAGAUCACACAGAGCCUGCUCUACCAACUGUACGUCUAUGGUCUGAGUAUCUGUCUAUUGGCAAUACAGCUGUGUGAAAUUUAGCCCCUUCUCAUGCUAACUGACCAGAAUAUGCACGCUAGGUUUGGCUGCUAAUCUCCCGCACUUCCAACCUCUUGUUUAAAAACUUCCGGUGAAUGGGAGUCCACCACCUUCUGUGGGAGCCUCUUCCGCUGUUGAACACUGCCAUGGCCAGAAAGUUCUUCCUGAUGUUUAGUCGGAGUCCCCUUUCUUGUAACUUGACCCCAACAGGCAAUCCUAGAUGGACAAGGAAUCUUACCUGCUCUGAGGGGCCAGUCUGCUCUGCUUGUCUCAGCGGCUUAGCUAGCUGCUUGGGUGCCGGGGGGGGGGGCAAGGUGCCUGUGGCGCAAGGCACACCAGAAUCCCAGUGCCUGAGCCCCGUUCUGCUCUGAAGUCAUGCAGGCCCGUGUCGCUUUUUUGGGCAGCGCAGAGCCUGCAGGUGCCCAAGUCACCGCGUUACUCCCAGGAGAGACACGUGGGUCGCUCACAGUAAGUGCCGCCCCCCACGGUGUGCUCAGUGCCCCCCCCCCAGCUACACCUCUGGCUUGACUGUGGGCCAUGUGUGUGUCCUCAUCCUCACCUGGGGAAAGUCCUUGGCAUCUUGUCCUCCAAUGGUUUGAUUCAGCCUCCUCUCUGAAGACUCUGCCCACGGCUUCUCCCUCUCUACUCUCAGUACUGGCAUUGCCACCCGCCUGUUAGAAUUCCUGCUCUAUGAUUACAGUCAUGGGAUUGUUGUCUUUCACAUGGCGGUGUAUGUUUUCAUUCCACAGAGUGGGAAGUGACGGAGACAGGAUGUUUGUGUUCCUGUGUUCCGUGAAGUGUGACUAUUGUCCUUUGUUCUUUUUCUCUUUGCUGUCUGAUGCUAGAGAGGGGGGGAGCUAUGUUGCAGUGCUCUGUGUGUGUUUAGAUGUAAAUAAAGUAGAUUAGCCAAAACACUGAGUUGCUAAAGUCUGUCACACGCAUGAUGCACAAACUCUGCGGAUCCUUAAGUAUACAACCGACCAGGAGGGAGGGAACUUGCCAGUCAGGCAUGUGUCUCUGCCAGGGUCCUGCUCGAGUGUAGGCUGAAUUCCUGACAGCCUCCUCUCUGAAGACUCGGCCCACGGCUUCUCUCUCUCUGCUCUCAGUCCUGGCAUUGCCACCCGCCAGCGCCUCCCACCCAGAGUGGCCGUUCCUCCUAAGUGGCCUUGGGCUGGAGCUCGUCCCCUGCCCAGAAGGCUGCCUGGGGCCUUGGGCAAAAGCAAGGUGUCUCCCAAGGAGCUUCACAGACAGGAAGGGGAAAGGGCUGCCCUCAGCACCGCGCCUCUUUUGCUCGGCCUCUCCUCACCAAGCCUUCUUCUGUCUCUCUCUCUGCCUCUGCUUGGCAGGUGGAGUUUGUAGUCGACCCCUCGGUGAAUCCCAGCGACCCGCUGGUGAAGAGCGCGAUUGAGCAAGUUCGCUUCCGAAUCUCCAACUCAAGCACCGUGAACAGGUAGGUGGCGGGAGGGAAAGAGGGUGGCAGGGGCUGCCAGCAGGAGCUGGGCAGGCUCUGACUGGCAAGAUUUCCAAGCAACAGGAGGGCGUUCAGAACUGGGCAGCUCCCUCCCUCCUCCACCCCCUGGUGAUUUGGACUGGUGGACCAAGAUCUCUUAUUUAUUUUAUAUGUAAUGUAUGUACUGCUGUGUCAUAGAAGUACAUUGCAGUGUUUCACAACAAUAUAAAAUCAUAAAACCAUGCGGUAAAAUCAUAAAAAGUUGAAAUCAAAAGAAUUAAAAACAAACAGCAGUAGAUCAUUGGUGUGUGUGUGUGCGCGCGCGCUUAAUGGCCUGCCUAGGCCUGGCGGAACAGAAAAGUGGAACAGAAGGUGCCCACUGAAUCUAGUGGCAGGGUGUUCCACAGGACUGGGCCAAUGACACGAAAGGCUUGGUUUCUCUUCCCUCUGGCACCCAUUCCCAUGGCACUUAUCUAGAGGAGGUGCUGUCCUCCUGCCUACUUCCUGGUGGGGGGAGCCCCACAUGUGGGGUUUCUGAAACACUUUCCAGUCCUCUACAGACACCAGUUGUCCCGCUUGUGGCUCGAGGAAAUGGCAGGAGGCAGAUGGCUGCAGAAGAGCCAUGUUCCUAGCUAGUUGUUCAGUGAAUAUUGUGGUGUUUCUGGGGACUGAGCAUUGGAGCCUGCUGUGCAGAUUCCUAACACUGGUGCCUAGCUUCACUUUCCCUUCAUAACUGCAGGAUUAAAGUCCCACAGACGCCAAUGUCUCAGGAGAGUUUGGAUGAAGGAAGCCAGGAGUCUGGACUUGGGGCUGCCCUGAGGGAGAUGGAGGGCUGCUUCUCUCCUUGCAAAGCGGAGGCGGCUGGCAGAAAGGCGCGUGCUGCCAAGUUAAGCUACCACCCAGUCACAGGUAAAGGCUUUUCCUGCUUCUGCUUGUUUCUGGGGGGAGGGUUCUGUGUAAGGAGUGGUGGGCAGUAGCUCCUGCCUGUGUCUCUCCAACGCAAACCCUCUGCUUUUCUUCAGUGCCAGGCCUUGGGCGCUCCCUGGGCUUCCUCCCCAAAAUGCCUCGCUUAAAGGUGGCCCACCUCUUCCUCUGGUACUUGGUUUAUGGGCACCCUCUCAGCGCCCAGCAGAGGAGAUGGAGCUGUAGCCAGGAGGCAGCGGACAGCCUGCAAGGCCUUGACUCCAGCCUGCCUGGCGGGACGGAAGAGAAGGAGCCGAGAGCAGCAGCCGGGAGCCAAGAAGGCUGCGAGGCGCUUGGGGACCAGGCAGGUGAGGAAUCGGGAGCAAGCAGGGAGUCCAGAGGACGGCUCGAUGCUUGGUCUGAAAGCAUUUCUCCGUCGGCUCAUAUCUGAAAGUAUUUGGAAUAAAAGCAAUGAAACUGUAUAAUAAAAAGAGAGUGUAAAUCAGGGGUCAGCAAACUUUUUCAGGAGGGGGCCGGUCCACUGUCCCUCAGACCUUGUGGGGGGCCGGACCCACCACCUCCCAAAAGCACCCCUCCUCCCGAAGGGCCCCCCCACCUCUGUCACAGCCGCUGACACUGCCUCGUCUUCGGCAGCGUCGGCGUCCUCUCUCUCAGCAGGGCACAAAGCCCAUGCCGCUGGCCUGGGUGGUGGAGCCAGCCUUCGCGCUGCCGCCGCUUCCUCCUGCUCAGCCACCUCAGCGGGAAGGAAGGGGCGGCACUCGGAGGCAUUUGCGGCUUUUGAUCCUGCAGCCAAUCAGAAGGCGAGCUGCGUUGCGGAAGUCAGUCUCCGCGCGGCAAGGCCUCUGCGCCGCGCCUGUUUAGCGCGGGGACUGACCUCAAGGUUGGCAGGCUGAAUUAACGAGCCCGGUGAGCCGUAUCCGGCCCGUGGGCCUUAGUUUGACGACCUCUGGUGUAAAUACUAAUAACAGCAUGCUACAAACAGGAGCUCAGCAAUCAGUCGGGGGAAGCCUGGGCAAAAAGGUUCCUGUUUACGGGAUGCCUGAAGCAGCUGGUGGGGCAAAGGGAUGGGCAUCAUUUCCACAGCACGGGGAAUGGCGGGAAGGGCCCGUUUUUGGGUCACUGCCCUGCGGUGCCCAGGAGGGUGCAGGACCACCAGGAAAACAGCCCCAGGGCAUCUAAGGGCUCUCCUAGGGCUCUGCAGGGGGAGCAAAGGGCUUUCACAGUGUUUGUCACUGCUAUGUGCUUCCAUGGGAAGAUGCACGCAUGAGGGGCUGAGUGUUGUGCGCAUGCUCCCGGGAAGCAUCCUCUGAGUUCCUGACGGCUGGGCUUGGUUCAGCAAGGGAGGCCUCCAAGUGAUGCAGCAGCAGCAGCAGCAGCACUGUGGACUCUGGACAGCCCCAGUGACUCGGUUGGGAUCAGCCGCAGGGAGCCGCCUGUGACCUCUGCCCAGCUGUGGAGCCAGCCUGGGCUGUGAGAUCUUGAGGGGCAGGGGAAGGAUUCAGGAAGCCCUCGUGGAGCUUGCUGUCUUCUUUUUCUGCCUCUUCCCUCUAGCACCAACCACAAGUCGGAGGGUUCCACACCCCCCACACACACCUUAACUAACCAGGGGCCCUCCUCAGCUAGUGUCACCUAGGAGCUGGAGUAAAUUCUGACAUUCCUGUGUUACUGUAGCACACAGUGCAAAAUAAAUGAGACGUGACCCGAAUAUAUGCAUUCCAGCAUGAAUGGUGGCGAACACAAGUUGUUCAUGAACAUAAGAACAACCCUGUGGUCCAUUUCUUUCCCCAUCCUGUUUGCACAGGGGCCACGUUGUAAAGUUAGAGGGGGGAAAGCUUUUUUCUGUCCACUUUCUUCACACUUUGCAUAACUUUAUACCGCAUUUUCCCGUGUAUAACAAGCCCCUAUGUAUAAGACGCCCACUAUUUUGGGGGACAUAUUUUAGAAAAUGGGGGGAGAUGGCCCACAGUUGUUGAGCUUUUUAGGGGGAGGAUUGCCCAAGGUUGUUGAGCUUUGGGGGGGGGGAUGCUGAAAAUCUCUAACCCGGAUGACUAACGCUCACAUUGCAGAAGCUGACGGGCAUCUGCCCGCUCGCCAGCAAUCACACGCCUAAUUGCUGCAGCAGCAGCCAAUCAACAGGAAACCUUGCCACAGCAACCACUCACCCACCCACCCAGUUUCCUCCCCCCCCCCCAUGCACUAUCCAUGUAUAAGACGAGCCCUGUUUUUAAAAAUUAUUUUAGAGUAAAGAAACCUCAUACACGGAAAAGUACAGUACAUCUUUAUUGUUGCUUCUUCCUCAUCUUUCCUCCUGGGGGAGUCACUCCACCCCUUUCAUCCUUUUGGUGACUCCUUUCCAAUUUCCCCCCAGCUCUGCAGUAUCCUCCUGCAGGUGAGGCACCCAGAGCUCCCCACAGUAUUCCACACCAGAGAUGCCUGUGUUGGUGUGAAUCUCCCUUGAUCCCCCGCCCCCCGUGAAAGGAGAUGGGUCUGUUGCGGCUGUGAGAACCGUUUUCUCUCUUUCCCUUGCAGUGUACGUGGACGACGCCUCGUGGAAGCGGCACGUCCCUCCUCUCCCGCUCCACCGGGAGUUUGGCCAUGGGUGGGCUCUCGUCAGCGACAUCCUCCUCUGCCUGCCACUCUCCAUCUUUACCCAGAUAGUGCAAGUCAGCUACAAGGUGCUGGGCUUCACUUCAGGGAUUUCUCUCGGCCGAAAGGCAGCUGCCCCUCGGGGCUUCUGCUCCCAAUUUCCCGCCAGUUCUGCUGUGGCUACAAGUUGCCGCCCGAUCCUUUGGAGGGGUGGCAGUUAAAUCCUUUGGUGGUGGGGCAAAAGCUGCUUGCCACACCCAGGGGCACCGCUAGCCAAGGCCACGGGCGGAGGUCCUGGGCAGCCUCCUGUGGGGGCCUUUUCAGCUUCCCUAAUGCUGCCAUAGCCUUCUUUGCAGCUGUUCUGUUUUUUAACAAAAUAUCCCUGGGCUUUGCUUAGGAAAAGCAGAAAGUUAGCCAGACUUAAGUUACAUUGAAAUUUAAUUCAUAAUUUUUAGGUAGAUAACCUGGAAGAUUAUUUAAAUGAUCCCCUGAAGAAACACACGUUGAUCCGAUACCUUCCAAGGUCGAUCCGCCAGAAGCUCCUUUACAAGAGGUAAGCAUCUUCAGCAGGCGUAGAUUUGGGCAAAGGGUGCGAUUUCAGAGUAGCGGAGAAUACCAGACUUUUCAAAGGUCCAGCUCCACGAGCUCGGAAUCCAAACCUGGGAAAUAUUAGAGCAGUGCAAAUCAUUCUCUAAAAAGGUAGAACGGCUGUGUGAUUUUAUAAGAGCUGUCCAUGUCAAACCAACACCACUCUCAUCCUCUGCAUAAGGGAAAAUUUAUGAAUGCAACUGAGAGCAGAGAGAAAACUACUAAGAAAGAGGUGCAGUAAGAUGAAGGGUUCAGAAAGGAUCAGGGAGUCAAAGGCACAAAUAUCAGGCAUUGUGAAAGAACAUCUCACUUUGUGUCUCGUGUAAAACAUUCAGCAGGUUAUGUUGGUCCUGCCUCUUUCUCUUCUCCUCUUCUGCCACCCCCCCCCCACUCCAUUACAUAGGGCUUCGUGAUCACAGAGUUCAAGUCAGUAGCAUAAAAAACCUCAGCUUGCAAUAUAGUCUGUUCACUAAACAGUCAUCGACCGGUGUGCCAAAGCCUUCCUUAGAGAAAGGAGAGGGAACGGAUUCACUGCUUUAGCCCCUAUUGACCCAGAACAUCAUCUUGUGGGCAGGGGGAUGUCUCUGACUUUCAAAGGUUGCCUUGGUUGUCUGUUUGAAUCAGCUCUGAACUAAAAUUGAUGGCCUGUAGACACUCCCCACCCCGCUCCUUGGGCCUAGGUCAGAAUGUCUUGAACUGGGACCCAGGGAGGGCUAUAAAUAUUCCAAAGGACGGUUCAAGCUGUUUGAAUGUGGGAUAUGUCAGGGAAUUAUGCAUAUUGGAAAACCUGCCAGGUCUUUCUCUUCUUUUUUUUGUGGGAGGAGAGGGGAGGUGACUGGUGGAGUGCCUGGAAGCUAACUGACAGAAAGAAGUUGAUGAGUCUAAAGUCCUUAAUCUCUUUUCUACAGGAGAUACAUCUUCUCAGUAGUGGAAAGCCUUCAGCGGCUGUGUUACAUGGGGCUGGUUCAGUUUGGACCCACAGAGAAAUUUCAAGAAAAAGAUCAGGUAAGGUUACUGCUGUGUAUCUGCACCUCUGCCACUUGAUGGUCAAAGCAGCUUACUUUUAAAAAACACACAAUGCCUACAGGAGUAAUGAGGGAAACUUCCCCUGUCCCCAGUGGGGAAGGAGACCCCCAGGUGUGGGUUCUGCCUGCCUCCUUUCCCUCCAGACUUGCAGGGUCACCAGAUGUAUCUGGACAGGUAGAAGAAGCUCCAGCCCCGUCCCUUCCCUGCAUUGCCCAGUUCCCAGGAUCUGUGCUUGCCUCCCUCAUCUAGUCUUCUGUUAAACAUUUUUCCUUCUUGUUGAGUAACAAGAGAAACCCUUUCCAGAAGAAAAGUGUUUUAGUCUGCAGCAGCAAAGAAGGAAGCACUCUAAAGAGUGACCUGUUGUUGCAGAAAGUUUUGUGGACUAGAGUCUGCUUUGCCACAUGUUACCCUCUCAACCUGGGUGGAGAGGGAGAAAAAUGCCAAACCCUGAGGCCAGAUAGGAAUGAAUUGCAGGGAAUGCAGUCUGUGACCUCUUAGAGGUUUGCCAAAGAAGCAGAGUGCCUAUUUGCAACAGCAGCAUUUGACAGCAGCCAAAGUGCCCUAACAUUGCUAAGCCGUUAACACCUCAAGGAGGCAGAACAGCCUAUAAAAGUAAUCGUGGCGUGUGAAUAUCCCAGUUUGCUCCUCUAGUGCAGACUUUGCGACAAUCGAUUUGCCCCUUUCGGAAAAGGGAAGUGGUUGCAAAGCUGUGGUACCCAUCUUGAGCCAAGCUGCGCCUCUGUGGGUCCAGGCAGUUGCUGGGCAGGCCGUCUUGUCCCCAUCUGUCUCCGGAGCUGGGAUUGCUCUUUCCCAAAACACUUGGUUGCAGCCGGAAUGGCCUUGAGCGGCUGCAUCAUAUUGCUGGCCGAACAACUCAGCCUGGCCCAGGGUGGCCCCCCCAGCAACACUUUUCGCAGGAUGGCUUCACGAGGCUUGUGAAGAUGUCCCUGCCUCUUCAGCAGUGUUUUUGUGUGUGUGUCAAAGGAUGCCUCCGGAAGGAGAGCACUUGGCUGCUAUCCAAACACACAAAGAAGGGGUAUCCUAGUUUUGACUUAACUCCCUAAAUCCCUCGAGUCCGUCCUUGCUCGGUUGCUUUGCCCCUGAGCUUUUGUGGGUGUCUUGCAGGUCUUUGUCUACCUGAAGAAGAACGCUGUGAUUGUGGACACCACCGUCUGCGAGCCCCACUACAACCUGGCUCAGAGCAGCCGCCCCUUUGACAGGCGCUUGUAUGUUCUGAACACUCUGCAAGACGUGGAGAACUUCUGGUUUGAUCUGCAGUGCGUCUGCCUCAAUACACCACUAGGUACAGAGCCAGACUCACUAGCCGCUGCCUUCCUGCACUGAUAUCCCCUUCCUGCCUCCUCUCAUUCCACCCUCUCCUGCCACAUCCUGCAGCUCUCAGCUCCUAGCCUCUGGCCACCUGCCUUCAUUCUCUGGCCCAUGGCAGAGUUGCUGCUGCUGCUGCUAUUGCUGACCAGCUCCUCCUCUUCCUCCUUUCAGGAAUUGUCCGCCACCCCCGUGCCAGGAGGGGCGGAGCGCAAGCCAGCGAGGCUGGCACCACCCUGGACGUGGCGCUGGAGCAAGAGUCGGCAGCCCACAGGCACAACCUUGAGCGCAAGUGCGCCAUGCUGGAAUACACCACGUAUGUCUCCUUUCCUCUGUGGUUGCUUGCUAGGAAUGGGGCGUGUUGCAGAGUUGGGGUGUUGCUUUGGCAGCGCAGAAUGCACCCAGGGGUGAGGGUGACUCCCAUCUGCCAGUGGAGGCAGGGCUGGUAAAGGGUUCCGGCAGGGAGGAAAAGAGGAGCCCCCUAGGCUUUCUCCAGGUCUUAGAUGAUCACAUCUGAGAUGCAGGGGCUUAAAUGCUCCUUGGUUGCACUGAAAUGGACAACUAUGUGUCCUAGAAGAGAUGCGCCGUUGAGCCCUUUCUGUGCGGAUUCACGCUCCUUGUACAGUCAUACCUCGGGUUGCUAACGUGAUCCGUGCGGGAGGCACGUUCGCAACCCGCAGCGUUCGCAGCCUGAAGUGCUGCGCAUGCACGUGACAUCAUUUUGCACUUCUGCGAGCACUGAAACCCAGAAGUAACCGAUUCCGGUACAGUCAUACCUCGGGUUAAAUGUGCUUCACGUUGAGCGUUUUCAAGUUACGCUCCACGGCGACCCGGAAGUAACGGAGCGUGUUACUCGCGGGUUUCGCCACUCACACAUGUGCAGACGCUCAAAAUGAUGUCACGGGCAUGCGCGGAAGCGGCAAAACGCGACCCGCGCAGAUGCACAGUCAUGUCUUACAUUCUACUCAGGAUUCGGACAGGGCUCCGGAAUGGAUCCCGUUUUCACAUCCAGAGGUACCACUGUACUUAUGGGUUCGGCGUGGUCCGCAACCUGAGAACGCGCAGCGUUUGUAACCUGAGGUAUGACUGUAAUAGGAAUGCAGCAGAUAGGAUCAAAAACAAUGUAAAAGAAUCUGGAAGGCCCAUUGGGGUUUCCUACCCGUCCCUUUUUAAAGGCAUUUCUUUAUUUGCCUUUUCAAAGUUAAUACCAGAAAAGGCCCAGCACAAAAACUAAGCUGUACUACAGCUACUGCUGUCUGGAAGAAUCAGGCUCCCUUUCCUGAAGUUGGGUUAGCAGCAUCAGGAAGUGAGAGGAGUAGGAAGUCACUUGGAAUCAUAGAACUGUGGAAUUGGAAGGGACCCCCAAGGGACAUCCAGCUCAACCCCUACAAUGCAGGAAUCUCAGCUACAGCAGCCAUAACAGAUGGCCAUCCAACCUCUGCUUAUAAACCUCCAAGGAAGGGGAGUCGUCCACCACCCUCUGAGAAAGUUCUUCGUAAGGUUUAGUCAGAAAUCGCUGGAAUAGUUGCGUGGCAGGACCAAGUCUCCGCCCACACCCCCUGGUCCUAAGCAGAGCAGAGCUGGCCUUUGAGGAUUCCUGGGCUAAGCUGUUCCCUUCACCGUGCCUUCCCCCCCUUUCAGAGGACGCCGAGAGGUGGAGGACAACGGCACCAUUCCUGGCGACGGGCUCGGUGCUGGGGGCUUGGAUUCCAGCUUUUACGGCCAUUUGAAGCGCAAUUGGAUUUGGACCAGCUACAUUAUGAACAAGACCAGGAGGGUGAGUUUUUCUUCCCAAACAAUUCUUUUUAAAAAAAGAAGAAAGAAAGAAAGAAAGAAAGAAAGAAAGAAAGAAAGAAAGAAAGCCUUUGGCUUGGAAUCAACUUGAUUCCCUUCCACUCUUUCCUUUUUUCUUUCUCCUUCUGUGAUGGAACUCCUAUUUGGGGACUUCCCUGGCUUUUUUCUGGCCCACUUAGGUCCAGUCUGGAUAGUUGGCCUUGGUGAAGAUUUGACGUUUUCAUCCCCAAAAAGUUUUUGAUUUGAGUUUCUACUGAAAUGAGGCUGCAUUUUAAUCUUGUUUUUAAGUUGUAUUUUAGUCAAUUGUUUAUAUACCUGGUGUUAGCCGUCCUGAGCCCGGUCUUGGCUGGGGAGGGCGGGGUACAAAUAAAAAAAUUAUUAUUAUUAUUAUUAAAAACUGUCUUCCACCCACCCCAAAAUAGAUAUCUUUUUAAACAAUGCAGACGGUUGAAGAAAUAAACUGGAUUUUUUAGCACAAGCCACUCUGUGCUAAAUUUUGCUUUGACAUGCAUUUUAUUUUUGAGGGGGGGAGAGAGACUGCUCCCAUAAAUCACCUUUUCAGCUGCCUGUAUUAUCAGUGGCUAUAACGGAAAUUUAUUUCUGAAUGGUGCCGUUGUCCGCUAAGCACUGAAAUCAAAGGAUUCUGAAUGUUAUGUGUGGCUUUCAGAGACUAAACUACCUGCCACCCCUGUGAAGUCAAAAGGACAUUCUCCACCCCCCAGCCUGUUUUGGUCAGGUGGGCCCAGCAUCGCCCCCGUCUCUUGACUCCGCAGGAGCAUGAGCACAGGGGCAAGAGCAGCCAUGCGCUUUCCCAGCACGGAGACCGUUGUGUCCUUGGUGGGCAAAAGCUUCUCUAAGAACCUGCUUUGUGCAGGAAGUCCUCUGUUACUCUGCAGCCCACAUGCAAUGCCAAAUCCACACAUUUCCUCUAGUGCUGCCACCUGGAUUCGUCCCUCCUGCUCACUCCCAGGCAGGGUGGAUUUGAUUUAAAUCAAAUCGAUUUAAAUCACAAUUUAAGUCAAGUCACUAGUCAGUAAGACUUGAUUUAAAUCUUUUUUUUUUUUUACAGAAAGACUAAUUCUUGCUGGUAUAAUCUUAAUAUUUACAACCUGAUGAAGGUUUCAUUUUUGGAAUAAUAAAUUUAGAGAGUAGUUUUUACAGUUAUAUCAAAAAUUACUGAUGCGGUUAUGCUAUUAGAAAUACGUAGACAGAUAAUUAUGAAAUUAUUGUUUAUAUUUGGACAACUGUUCUGUACUUUAUUGGAAGGAGAAAAAUAAUCAUUUCCAUAAUAACAAUUUAAACAAUUUAUUUAACUAAAACAGAAACAUUAUAGCAUAUCUAUCCAUGUUUGUUAACUGAUGUGGUUAAACGGGUUUGUUUGUUUUAAAAAAACUUAGACUGAGUUUUAGCCCACAUGAAAAAUUGAAAACAAAUCCUUAUUUCCUGAUGAAUAGCCUUUGGACUAUAAGGUAACUUAAACAGAAAACUAUCUUUAGAAAGAUUUUUUUCUCCAAAACCAUUCUAUUUUUAAAAUACAAUUUAUAAUUUAAAAAAUCCGAUAUUUUUUUUAUCAUUUAUUUUUGUCAACCCUGCUCCCAGGGCUCUUUCGCGGUUGUUAGGAAUGGCUCCUUUUUGGUCAACUGGACGCAGAUGUGGCGCUCAGGCUUUGCAGGUGACUGCCAGAUGCAGCAAAGCUUGGCUAGGAAGUAAAAUCCUCUCUCUAGUCUGAUCUUGAACCACCUGCGGCCUUUGCAUGGCUGGUAACCUGUGUGCUUUGUCACUAGGAGAACGCUGCUGCUGCUGAAGCUGGGCACACGGUCAGACUGCAGACCUUCCUGACCAAACGCUCCCUGCCGCUGAGCACAAGAGGUAAUGGGGCUGGGAGUUCCCUGUGUGUGUCCGGGAUGGGAGGCACAGAGAUGGUUGUGUAUUGCUCCUACUCCUCCAGGGGAAUCGGGGGGACAGCCCAGCUCUCAUGUGGCCAUUGUGGGAGCUGUGAAGCUGGUACAGGUCCAAAGAGACUGACGUCCUGGGCAGCCCUUCCUGCGGAAAAAUGCUUUACGGAGCUGGGCAGUGGAGACUAGACGCGGGUUGACCUUCCUAAAUUGCACCGAGACAUUUUGGCAGGAUGGCUUCACGAGGCUUGUGAAGCAAGGAGGAAUGCUUUUAGGAAACCCAGGAGGUCAUAAACAGGAGUAGGCAGGAUGGCAGUAUUUACCAUCUCUUUGUGAACUCUCUUCCUGGCCCUUAAGAUCGAUCUAAAGAUUAACAAACUACAUCAAAGUAACCUACUAUCUUUAUGUACUGAGGAUGCCCGGUGAAGCAACUGGCCUGUGUUUCAGAAUGCUUAUACAGGCCUGUCAGGCGUAGAAAAGGAACAGUAGAGAAAGUGGCCAGAGAUGCAGAGGCUUGUGGGGUUUGAUCAGAAAUUAUUGUCAAUAAAUCAAACCCAGUCAACGCAAUGCUUUCAUGACACAAUGGCUUGCUCCAUAUUUCAUAAUUCCUCAUAGUAAUCCCACCUGACCACUACAACUCAGCAAUUUCUAUGGUUUGCCACUGCCCCUCUCAGGAGAAGUCAGGUCAAAUUAAGCCCUAAACAACUCAGGCCCCAGAUACCCGUAGGCCGCUUCCUUCCCUGCAGACCUCCCUGGGUGCUGAGAUUGGCAGAGAGGGCUCUCUCGGUAGUUCCUCAGAGGCUCAGUGGGUGGUGGCCCAGGGCCUUCUCUGUGGUGGCCCCGGAGGUGGCAAACUCCCUCCCCACAGAGGUGCGCCUGGCACCUUCACUCUGCAGCUUCCGGAGGAUAUUGAGGAUGCAUCUCUUUACCCUGGCUCUUUACACCUGAGGUGCAUAUUUUUGGCACCCACCUUACUUUGGUGAUCGCAAGUUGUUGUAAAGUGUUUUUAACACUUGUUUUAACGUUGUAACCUGCCCUGGGACCUUCGAGUGAAGGGCAGGUAAUACAUAAAUAAGUAAAUAGUAGUAGCUCAAAUAGCUCAACAGCUCAAAAGCUAAGACGUUUUAACAGUUCUGUAUAUGUGUGUGUGCAAGACAGAGUUGCAAUUCUCGUGCAUGUGCCUGGGAGAGUCUCUUUAGACCGGCAGUUGACAUUUCCAGUUGCUGCCUCCCUCUUCCAUGCUUUUGGAGCCCAUAAAAGUCCCUCCCUCCCUCCCUGCUGCUCCCCAAUUUGCUGCUGGCCAGACAGGUGGCACCUGUGUGUGUUUUUGCUGUGCAUUCCUUGCUGGUGCAGGAUUUCCUUGUUGGUUCCCAGGUGGCGGCGGCAGCAGCUCUCUUUGGGGAGACGGGCUGCUGGGUGCGGAUCCUGCGGUCCAGAAGGAGGACCUGGAGGUCGAAAGCGAAACCACGCUGAACAGAAGCCAGAGAGUGAGGGGCGGAAAGAGCCAGAAGAGGAAGCGGCUUAAGAAGGAGCCGGUGAAGAAGACAAGGAAAAGGAGGAAGAGAAGAGGUGGCCUACCUCACUGGGGGGCUGGGGGGGCAGGCUGUGCAUGGCACUCGCUGGCUGAAAACCACUUAGGGCUCUGAGCGCCAUUUUGUUCUGGAUCAGGCUUCCCCAACCUUGGCCCUACAAUUCCCAUCAUCCCUGACCACUGGUCCUGCUAGCUAGGGAUCAUGGGAGUUGUAGGCUGGGUUUUCCUCUUCCUUUGAGAUCUAAAUGUCCUCCUAAUGGCUUGGGGCAAAUCCUCCUGUCUGCCUUCGGGGUCUGCUGGGCACAGGGGGGCCGGAGUGGCUGUGCCCUGGUCUUCCACAGCAGUGGGCCUUGGAUGCCCACCUGCCCCCCCCCCCAAGCUCACACAUGGGAGAGGCAGAGCCACGAGCUGCUCACUCGCCACAAGCUGCUUCCUUCCUUUCUAAGAGGGGGGCGCCAGGGUGAAGAGAAAAAAGCCGCGCUACCACGACGAAGCGGACCAGAGCGCCUUGCAGAGGAUGACCCGCCUGCGCGUGACGUGGACCGUGCAGGAGGACAGCCUGCUCAUGCUGUGCCGGAUCGCCAGCAACGUCCUCAAUGCCAAGGUGGGCGGGGCGGUGGGGGUGGGGAAGCUGAUCUCAGCAGCGAGGCUGAGAGGGGGCGACUUGGCAGCCAGCAAGUGGGGAGAACGGGGGGGGGGGGCGUCUUUGGGCUUCCCUUGUGGGCAAAGGGUCCAGAGAUCCUGGCCUCGACUGAGCGGGGGCUCCUUUGUCUUCUCCUCUGGUGCAGGUGAAGGGGCCGUUUGUCCCCUGGCAGGUGGUGCGAGACAUCAUGCACAGCAACUUCGAGGAGUCGCUGGACAAGACGUGCCACUCGGUGGGGCGGAGGGCGCGCUACAUCGUCAAGAACCCCCAGACCUACCUCAACUACAAGUGAGGCACUUUCAUCAUUUCAUAAGCUCUAUUGGAAAAUUUUAGAGCAGUUACCAAACGCAGAGUGUUGUCUCCCAAGACAAAUAACGUGCAGAUGUUAAGUCUUGCAUGCAGUCGUCCGCAAACGUGGAAAACCUUUUUGCAUUACAAAUUCAGCAGCUGUCCUCGGGGUGUACUUCAGUCUAAAGCGUUAAGGUGAUUUCUCCACGGUGGCUGCUGCAGCUGAGACGGAGGGCAGACGGCUGUGCCAUUUAUUGUUAAUAAACGAUAUAAACUGAGACCAGAUGGAGUCACACCCACCUUUCAGUGUUAAUCCUCUUAUCACCCUCUGGUGGUGAGUUAAGCAUUUAAUAAGUGCUCUUUCUGAGCUUUUGAGGCUGCUGCGGCUUUGAAAUUAUUAUUAUAUAUCUAUAUCCAUCUAUAUCUAUCCCACCUUUUUUCCUGACAAAGGGACUCAAGGUAGCUUACAGCUAAAAUAGAAACAGCUAAAAUCACCAGGGGGUGGGGAAGCAAUCAUUUAAAAUCUAUUACUAUUAUUAUUAUUACUACUACUACUGAUAAUAAUAAUAAUAAUAAUAAUAACCUAAUAAUAAUAGUAAUUUUAAUAUUUGUACCCUUCCCCUCUGACUUGGUUGCCCCAGCCACUCUGGGCAGCUUCCAACAGAUAUAAGAAAACAAUAAAACAAUAAAACAUCAAAACAUCUAUACAAGAUACAGGUGUGUUUGUGUGUGUGUGUGUGUGUGUGUGUGUAGUGGUUUAUUAAAAUGUACAGAUCUUUGCAAUGAAAAGAUCACAGCACCAGCCCUUUGGUCAGUUUCCGAAUGUCUGUGGGAACAAAAAGGGAUUCACCUGCCAACGGAUGGAGAGCAAGGAGGGAGCCAGUCUGGCUUCUCUGGGCAGGGAGUUCCCAAGUUGCCUGGGAGCAGCCACCACCAAGAAGGCCCUCUCCGUGUCCCAGUGUCGGGGGGGGGCGUGUUUUGUCCUUCGCUGCCUCCCCUGCUCUCAGGGCAUCCUUCAGGGCUCCCUCCCUCCUGGGGUUCCUCUUCCCCUGUGAGUGGGGAAUGUGAAUUUGCUAUAAACACAGGAAUGCUGUGGCCAAGGGCUCUCCCCGUGAGGCGAUGGUCUGAGAGCCAACAUUUUCCCUAUCACCAUCGAACGGAGUCGGCCAUCCCUCCUGGGGAGAAGAGGCUGGUGUCGGGGGAUGCCCCCUUUGGGCUGCCUCUGUGGCUCUUGAAGUGUUUUCUACAGAAGCCAGCAUUCUCGGAGGGAGGCUGAGCUUCAGGGCUAAACUGGGGGGGUGGGGGGUGUCUUCCGCAGGGUUUGCCUGGCUGAAGUCUACCAAGACCGGACUCUGAUUGAUGACUUCAUGAACAGGAAGAGCAACUACCAGGACCCCAAGGUGAGCAGGGGCAGGUGUGGGGCUCUGGGUCCAUGCACACACCCCAGGAUGGACCUGAAGUGGCCCUGCCCUGCAUGGGCAGAGAUGCUGAGCACAGCUCCAGUGAUGGUUUCCCUGUGCCCCUUCAACCUUGAAUUAUUUUCUUUAGUUGCAUAUAACACUUGAUUGUAAAAAACGUCAAAGCAGUUUAUCAUCAUCAUCAUCAUUAGUUUCUAUACCACCCUUCAUCCAAAGAUCACAGGGCAGUUUACAAUAUAAAAACACAACAAGACAUAUCAUAAUAACAAACAAAAACAAGACACACACACACACACAGUUUAAAAAGCCUGGGAGUAGAGGAACGUUUUUGCCUGGCACCUAAGAAUAUGCAACGAAGGCAGCAGGCGAGCCAGAUUUACAAGAAGAUAAAACAAUAAACUCAAGAAAAAACCACAACCCUGCUUUAAAACGUACAAAAGUUAAAAUAGAGUAAGAAUAUCUCAGCUUCUAAGCCUCUGAGUAGGCAUGCCUAACCAAGAAUGCUUUGAGCAGGUGCCAAAAUGAGUACAGUGAUAUCAGUAGGCAGGGAGUUCCAAAGUGUAGAUGCCACACUAAACGAUCCAGUUAUUACAGGUGUGGAAUGGGAAUUCUGUGUCACCUGUAACAGGGCCAGUUCCACUGAGGGACACGGUGGAGUGGGGAAAGGCGAUCUCGCGGGGAAUCUGGUCCCAAGUAGUUAAGGGCUUCAUAUACAAACAAUGACAGCCUGAACAUGGCCCCGUAGCAAAUGGGCAACCCUUGCCAGCCUCUCAGCAGUGGACCCAAAGAAGGAGUGGGCUGAUGCCAGAGCCACUGGUUCUUCUUCUGCCGCCUCCUGCCCCUCUUGGGCUUUGGAAGGCGGGCAGGAGACCUCCAGCCUCCUCCCAGCCCCUCCUUCCGCCCCUGCCCUGCCAGAGGAGCCCUUGAAACAGAGACGAGUGUGCAGGUGACCCUGAGAGACGGAACCGGGUGUGACCCCACCUUCCUGGUUCCCAGGACCAGGCUUUGUUCAGAGCUGACUGACCUCCCUCCUUCUUCUGCUCGAAGGUUUGCUCAGAAGAGUUCAAGGAAUUUGUGGAGAGGCUGAAGGAGAAGUUCAGCUCCACACUGGGGAAUCCCAGACCUGCCAUCCCAGACACCCUCGAGGAGCUUUUCCGCAGGUAUCUCCUUGGCCAAACCCCGUUGGCAGGGAUGGGUAAGGAGCUGUCAGUGGCCAGGGCCACUCUGGAUCUUUAAGAGGGUGGCCCUGCAGGAGCUGAGCUGCCUGUCUGCCAAGAAACCAGCCUGCUGUGCCCGGGGGAAUUGCAGACCUGGCUCUUGCCCAUCAGAAUCUGCCCCAGUCCCUGGUGGGUCUGUAGGAAGCUGCCUUCAGCCAGCUCAGCCUGGCAGGGACUUUCUGGGGUUUGGGGCCCAGGGGUCCUUUUGGGCCACCUGCGUGCCGGGGUGGGUGUACGCUACCCCCGGGAUAAAGGGAGAUGCACCUGUGUGUGCCACCUUGGUGAGAUCUUCCGUGGCUCCUUCCUUGCCCUUUUCCAGGUUCCGAGUUCUGGCCAUCGGAGAUGAAACGACCCAAAGCAAGAAAGAGGAUGUGCUCAGCAGGUGAGGCAAAGUGGGCUGGGGAGAAGCAUAAAAUGCUUCCUUCUCCUGUUGGAAACCAUUUGAAACUGAAAUCCAGUACCCCCAAGUGCCAAGACACCCCCACCCCACCCCAUUCCAGCUUCCCAAGCUGGGAUCACAUUGCUAAGAUGUGGAGCGGUUUAUUCAUCCCUGAAGUUGGGCUUUCUCUUUAAGAAAGAUGGAUCUGUGCUGCGAAGGUUGAUUUCAGAUUGACGCAGGCUGUUUCCUUCCAGCAUCGCCGACAUCCACUUUCUGGUGCUGCAGAACUUGAUCCAGAGCACACUGGCCCUCUCCGACAACCAGAUGAAGUCCUGCCAGUCAUUUCAGGUAGAGAGAACCUUGGUCUGCUGAGGUGUGUGCGUCCCCUCACCUAUCUUGGGGGCUCAAGGAAACAUACUGGGGCUUGAGCAUCUGCUGAGGAGACUGAUGCCUGGGGGAGUAGGUGGGAAGACAGCUGGCCUAUGCACCUGAGAACUUAUAAAGAGACUUCUGGAUGAGGCAGUGGCCCCUCUAGUCUGCUGCGUUCUGAAGGUAAAGGAAGGACUGGACCCUGAUUAAUAAAAUACACACAAGGCUUGGCCAGCAAGAAUCUGGGAGGAAGUGCGCAUCAUAAUCUGCCACACCCCGGCCCAGGACCCUUUUAUUAACAAAAGAACUCUUGCACAGCGUUUGUAAGAACUAAUCAGAUUUCCUCUGAGCGUUUCAAAAACAUCCCCACGUGGGACAAGACAAAGUCAGAUCAGAGGAAUCCGUUUAACUACAAAGACUACUUUGAGCAUGCAUACGUGUUUCAGAGUAAAUAAAACAGGAAUCAAGGAGGAAUGCUUUUAGCAAACCCCAAAGGUCAUAAACAGGCAGUGAACAGGAAAGGAAGGUAGGUUGUAAGCGUGGCGAGGAAAAGGUCUAGGAGGCCCUUCGAAAUGCUGGCGAAAUGAUUUGGGCAUGUUGGAAAUGGCAAAAGUGGCCGGAAAAAAUGCUUGAAAAUGCCAUGGAAAUGUCUCCCUCCCCAAAAGGAAACAAACAUUGAGAGAUGUUAUAAUGGGGAGCUGAAGUUCCCAGCUCUUAGCUGCCUGCAUGUGGUUGUGUCCGCAGACCUUCCGCCUCUACCGGGAGUACGGGGACGACCUGCUGGUCAAGGCCUUCUUGGACUGCCAGAAGAGGAGCCUCGUGAACCGCCGGAGGGGCAACCACAGCCUGGGCCCCAAGAAGAGCCGGGCACUGCCCUUUGUGCCCAUGUCUUACCAGCUCUCUCAGAGCUACUACAGGUCAGUGUCCUGCCUGCACCCUGGGGCUGCCAGUGCAAAGCAGAGGCUGGGGGGAUGGGGGGCAGCCAGGAGAACCAAGGCUGUGUUGGGGGGAACACACCCAGACGGCCCUUCCUGGGGGCUUCCCUCGCCCCUUUUGCCUGGCUUGCUGGAGCACAGAGGAGCCCACCCCUUAGUCCAGCCAGGGGAACAGAAGGUAGCUUAGCUCUUGCGCCAUCUUCCAUGCGACUGCCCUUUAUGAGAGACGUCUUCAGGUAUCUAUAAAGAGCCAUCAUAUGGAGGAAGCUUGUGCUUCCUGCUGCUUCAGAGGGCAGGACCCCACCCAAGGGAGUCCAAUGGCAAGAAAGGGCAUUCCAGCUAAACAUUAGGAAGAACUUUCUGAUGGUAAGAGCUGUUCAGCAGAGGAACGGACUCCCUUGGGAGGUUGUGGACUCUCCUUCCUUGGAAAUUCUUUGGGCGGCUAUCUGCCAGGGAUGAUGAUGAUUCUUCUUCCUCUUCCUCUUUUUCUUGGUUUUCCAGAUUAUUACAAAUUAGUGCAAAUUACUUUGAUAUAAUACAAUAGGUUCUCCCUCCUAUUGCAAACAUACGUCUGUUACUUCCUCAUGUAGCCGCUUCAUCCUUCUUUCAUCUCCUCUUUAAUUCUUCUCUUGAUGUUAGUCUAGGGGUCAGCAAACCUUUUCAGCAGGGGGCCGGUCCACUGUCCCUCAGACCUUGUGGGGGGCUGGACUAUAUUUUUUGGGGGAAAUGAAUGAAUUCCUAUGCCCCACAAAUAACCCAGAGAUGCAUUUUAAAUAAAAGGACACAUUCUACUCGUGUAAAAACAUGCUGAUUCCCAGACCGUCCGCUGGCCGGAGUGAGAAGGCGAUUGGGCCAGAUCCGGCCCCCGGGCCUUAGUUUGCCUCCCCAUCUGUUAAUCCAUUCUCACAGCUGACCUUUAUUGUUUCCUUACAUACAGCACCUUCCUUGUUUCUCAUAAAUGCAGGAUCUGUUUCAUGUGUAUAGUCCUUCAUAAACAUUGUUCUCAGACCUCGUCCGCUGGGAGAGUUAAUAGCUAUCUUUUUUUGUGCAUUCCAUUCCUUCCGCUGCCCACCAACUUGCAUACAGGCUGCGGCUAUAAAUAACUCCCAGAUAACGUGUCCACUCUCUGCCAUUGAAAUUCCACUCUGGGGUUCUUCCUCGGCACACAGCUAAAAACAGAUCCUUUCUCACAAAUGCAGCCUCUUGACAGAUUUAAUUUGUAGCUAUUCCUCUUCUCACUCAGAACUGCUCCCUUCCACUCCUGGUCCAGUCCAGAGAUAAUUUUAAAUGAAGUCCAUUCAACUUCAGUCGAGGAGGGAGGGCGUAAUAAAACAUUGUCAAAUUCCCUGGAGGGCAGUGGAGAUCGACCGCCAUAAUUUGUGAUGUCAGCUGGAAACCUCUGCCGGGGAUUAUUUAUCUGCGAUUUCUGCAUUGCAGGACCCCUGGGGUCCCCCUCCAACUCGGCAAUUCUCUGGUUCUCUCUCCAGGGUGUUCACGUGGCGGUUUCCCACAAUGCUCUGCAGCGAAUCGUACCAGUUCCUCUCGAAGCUCCAGGAGGCCGGAGCGCAGGACCAAGCCACUCGCUUCUCUUUCAAGGACCAAGACGACUCCUUUGCCUCCGAGGAGAUGGUCACCUUUCCUCUGGACGGCCCUGGGGGCUACUGUGCCGCCAUCCUGGCCCUCUUCUCCCUGGGCUUGGCGUCUGUGGACGUGAUGAUCCCAGAGCAGAUUGUGGUGGUGGACAGCACCCUGGUGGAGAACGAAGUCAUUAAAAGGUGGGGCUGCCUUGGCACUUGGUUUGGAAGGGGCUGGCAGUGGGGGGGAGCCCACCCACCCAUUUGGGGUGCACAGCAGCAGCAGGAGCCCUGGGGCUCUUCCUCAACCCCUUUCCUUGACGCCUCUGCAUGAGCUGCUAAGCCAGGGGGCAGAGGUUUUUCUGGUGGCUUUGCAAUCCUGCUGAGGCCAUUGACUGGGGUUUGGUACUUGUGGGGAACAUGUGGAGAGAGAAGAGCAAAGAGAGGCUCAUAGCUGCUCUUCCAUACUUCAGGCAGCAGCAGCAGCAGCAGCGAGAUCAGUGAGCUGCCUUUGUCUUGUGUUGUUGUUGUGCUCUUUGUUGGUUGCAGUUUGCAAAAAGAUCAAAAACAACUAAAUGGCCUCAGCCCCAUGCACCUGAAGGAGCGUCUCCACCCCCAUUGUUCAGCCCAGACACCAAGGUCCAGUGACAAAGGCCUUCUGGCGGUUCCCUCCCUGCAAUAAGUGAGGUUACAGGGAACCAGGCAGAGGGCCUUCUCGGUAGUGGUGCCUGCCUUUUGGAACACCCUACCAUCUGAUGGCAAGGAAAUAAACAACUAUCUGACUUUUAGAAGACAUCUCAAGGCAUCCCUGUUUAGGGAAGUUUUUAAUGUUUGAGGUUGUAUCUCUUUUUUUAAUAAUAAUAAUAAUAAUAAUAUUCUAUUGGGAGCUGCCCAAAGUAGCUGGUGAAACCCAGCCAGAUGGGCAGGGUAUAAAUAAAUAAACAAAUUUAUUAUUAUUAUUAUUAUUAUUAUUAUUAUUAUUAUUAUUAACUAGAUAAACUAGAACAGAUGGAAACAACUGAAACAGAAAAUGUAUAACGGUGGUUAAUGCAAAAGGCCAUUAUGUCAUUGGGUGAACGUUUUAGACAAGUCCUACCCACUCCACAGAAAUAUGUUCACAGGACUGUUUAAACAAUGUUUGCAAAGCAGCGGUGUCCUCCGGGUGGAGAACCGACCUCUGCUGCAGAAUCCUUUCUGGCCAGAGGGGAACUGGCACCAGGGGACCUUGGCAGAGCAGCUGUAGAUUCCACAGCAGAAUCGGCCACGCACAAAUGGCAAAUGGAAUACCACCCCGAAUCAAAUGUGCCAGAGCCGCUUUUGGUUUUAGAUUGGUGGGGAUUAAUAGAUCUUACAGGUCAGUCCAGGAAGAAUAUGUGGCUCUUCUUUCCUCCCAUUUGAGUUGCACAACCACCUGGGCAAGUUAGGCUGAGAGAGAGUGUCUGGCCCGUGGCCACACAGGAGGGCAACCCGCAGGAAACGCUGCUGGCGAGGGGGGUUGGUUGGACUGGUGGCGGCAGCUGCUCCUUUGAUGUAGCAGACCUUGAAAUGGGUGGGGGGGAUCCUGUCUGCUCCUUGCAGCCUGGGGAAAGAGGGGCUGGAGGAGGACGAGGAGGAGGAGGACGACGACGAGGACUUGGAGGAGAACGCGACCAGCAAGCGGCAGAUUGAAGUGAAGGCCCACCAGGCGUCACACACAAACUACCUCCUCAUGAGAGGCUACUACGCCCCCGGCAUCGUCAGCACUCGCAACCUGAGCCCCACCGACAACAUCGUCGUCAAUUCCUGCCAAGUGAAGGUGAAGAUGAGGAAGACCCCUGCCCAGGACAGCCUCUGGGCCCAAGGUCAGUCUGUAGGCAGAGGAGCUCUUCCUCACCUUCACCCUGGCAGGGCGAGGGCUUCGCCUGCCAGCCAAGGAAGUGGGCUGCCUGUGCGUGUGUUGCGUUCUGAAAGCAAGGAAGGAUUUGGACGCUGAUUAAUAAAAUACACACGAGGCUUGGCCAGCAAGGCUCUGGGAGGAAGUGCCAAUAAUAACCCACCACACCGUGGCCCAGAUCCCUUCUAUUAACAAAAACACUCUUAACACAGCGUUUGUAAGAACCAAUCAGAUUUCCUCUGAGCAUUUCAAAAACAUCCCCACGUGGGACAAAGUUAGAUCAGAGAAAUCCUUUUAACUACAAAGACUACUUUGAGCAUGCAUACAUGUUUCAGAGUAAAUAAAACAGGAAUCAAGGAGGAAUGCUUUUAGCAAACCCCGGAGGUCAUAAACAGGCAGGAAAGGAAGGACAGGCAAGGAAAGAGUAUUUACCAUCUCCCUGUGAACUCUGUUCCUGGCCCUUAAGAUCUAUCUGAAGAUUAACAAAACUAACAAAAGCUACAUCAAAGCUACCUUCUAUCUUUAUGUACUGAGGAUGCCUGGUGAAGCAACCAGUCUGUUUUAGGAAUGCUUAUAUGUGCCUGUCAGGCGUAGAGAAAGAAAAUGGCAGAGGUGCAGAGGCUUGUGGGAUUCGAUCAGAAAUCAUGCCAAAUGACGCAAGCCCAGUCAAAGCAAUGCUUUCAUCGCUGACACAGUGGUGUGUUGCAUUUUUCAUCAUUCCUCAUAGCAGUCCCACCUGACCCCCACAUAAGUGGCAGAGCGGCUAGCUAGGGUGGCCUGCCGGGCUCCCUCUGUCCUGACCCGCCCCAUUUUGUGCUUGCAGGUCCACCAGAUCUGGAGAACCUCCCCGUCGGAGCCUCCUGCCUCCCCACCGCCUUCACCAGACUCCUCGGUGUCCAGGAGGAAGACUGCCAGGCAGGCCACCUUCUUCAGUCCCUGGAGCGCCUCUCUUACAGCCCUGCAGAUGCUGCCGCCGCCCUGGAAGUCUGCAGAGCCAUUGGUGAGGCUUCCCACUUUGGGGUGGCCACGGUGGACCUUGCCAGGCAGUUCCAGCACUAUGAAGUGGCCGGCGGGGAGCGCACGCGGCUCUUGCCCCAGUACCUCCAGGUGGGUGCGAUGUGUCUGGUGGGUUUCGUCAGGUAGGAAAGGCUUAUUAACAGCAGUUCUCCUUCUUGUCUCGCAUGCACGUAGGAUUUAAAACGCUGGGUUAGCAGAGUUAAAAAGUCACCAUCCCUUGCAACAUUUAAAACAGAAACUAGAGACUAAGGUUAAAUUAGUUUAAUUUUGUUUUGUGCAGACUGUGAUAGCAGGCUGGAAUUUCCCUUCCCUCUCAAUAAAGAAUAUGGCAAUAAACUGUAUAGUAAGCGUAAAAACAAUGUUUACGUGCUUUAGAUAGUCUUGUCCUUGAUUUAAGCAGUAACAGCAACAAAUGCAAGGCAGGCAAAUCUACUUUUUAAGUUGCAUUCUAAAAAUCCAGAUGGAAUCUUCUCUCAGAGGAGAAUGGACAGACAUCCUGCUCCAUCAAAGGUUUGGCAAGAAGAAGAAAGAGACUGAGCCAAGCAGGAAGGAGACAGUAUUAAGAUCUUUUGACUCCUUUUCCCACCACAGAACGUAGGGGAUAUGACCUCAAAAAUUGUCCUGUCUGGGAAUUCUGCAACUUUAUGGGUCUUAACCCCUUCAUAUGUGGUAAGCACAAAUUGUAAUUUGGACUACAGAGAUCCCCACGUGAUGGGGGAGAGAUGAUGAUGAUAAUGAUGAUUAUAUUUUAUACCUCGCCCUUCCGGGUUCAAAAACCGAGCUCAGGGCGGCUAACAGCAAAUUUUAAACACUUAAUUUCUAAAAGCAGCAUAAAAUACAGUAUAAAAACAUGAAUAACAAUAAAAUUCAAAGUUCAGAAAUCAAUUUAGGGGAAAUCCAUCUAAUAAGCAUUAGAUAAUCCCCAGGGCUAGCUGGCUGAACUGGUCCUACUUGGGCCAGCGAGGAGGCCAGGGGAGAAUUAGCUGUGGGGUCUCAGAGUGGGUGAUCUUCAUAAAAGGGGAGGGGGAGGGAAGGGAAAUAAAGGAUCAGGCUGAAUUCAAAUUAAAGGCCAGGCAGAAUAGCUCUGUCUUACAGGCCCAACGGAAGGAGUUUAAAUCCUGCAGGGCCCUGGUCUCCUGGGACAGAGCAUUCCACCAGGUCGGAGCCAUCACUGAGAAGGCCCUGGCCCUGGUGGAGGAUAGUCUGACUUCGUUAGGGCCUGGGACCUCUAAACUAUGGUUAUUCAUGGACCUUAAGAGAUCUGGUUCUGUAGGCUUUUGCUCUGAUUCUCUUUGAGGGUGGUCCUGGUCUCCUUCUCCCCCUUAGGACCUCAUUGACCUGGAGCAUGUGUUAGAAGUCGGCGGCCACACCACCCGGCUGGUGGCAAGGAGAUUCGCCGGCCCCUGGCUGCUGCACUCUGUACGCCUCAAGGAGGAUGGCCCCGAAGUCCUGCAAGGCAAAGACUCUGCUCUCCCGAAGGACCCAGCUGAGUCAGGGGAGAUGGAGCACAGCAGGGCUUCUCCUUCUGCUCUGUCGGAGGAAGAACCAGCGAGGAAAAGGCAGAAGACGGAGGAGGAGAGUCUGGAUGCAGAAGCUGCUGCCCAUGGCACCCAGAGCAUGCCGGAAGAAGGAGCCAACAGCCCUGCGGCUCUGAAUGCCAGCCCUGGUGGCGCAAGGACUCCAGAGAUGCAAGAAGGAACGGCCACACCAGAGCCAGGCUCCAUACGAGGCUGCAGGAUGGACGCUGUGGGGAAGGGCAGUGGGAAAGAGGCCUCUGGCCUGAGCAGCCAGGAAGCCGAAGACUGUGGUGAUCACACCAGGGAGCCACGCAAGGAUCCUGUCUCGCAGCCGGAAGCAGCCCCUGGCGACUCCAGCGGUACGUGUGAGGAGACCCACUGAGCUCCUUCUCCACACCUGGCAGGCAGGAGCAACUUCAGGAAUGGGUUGGUGGGAGCCUGCAGCAGGAUCAGGCCAAAGGGGGCCCCAUCCAGGCCCCCAUCCUCUUCUCCUAGCGGCCAGCCAGGCAGCUCACGGUGAAGCCCCCAAGCAGGACCUGAGCACAAACCCCCCCCAUCCCUCCAGCAACUGGGGUUGGAGUAAAAGGGAGGCCCUUUGUGCAGAGGCAAUCCAUCAGCCAUUUUAUUUGUAUCAAUCACUCGUUCCACCUUUCCACAGUUUUAACCAUGCUCUAAUAAUAAUAAAUAAUAAUUUUUUAUUUAUACCCGGCCCUUCCCGGUUCAGAAAACCAGGCUCAGGGCGGCUAACAACAAAUUUAAAACACUUAAUUGAUGCAACAAAAAACAGCAUAAAAUACAGUAUAAAACGUGAAUAACAAUAAAUUCAGAAUUCAAAAAUCAAUUUAGGGAGGAAAUCCAUCCAAUAAACAUUAGAUGAUCACCAGGGCUAGCUGGCUGAAUUAAUCCUAUUUGGGCCAGCGAGGAGACCAGGGGAGAAUUAGCUGUGGGAUCCCAGAUCGGGUAAUCUUCAUAAAAAGGGGAGGGGGAGGGAAGAAAGGGCUUGCAGCAUUUAAAUGAUUGAAUAAUUGCAAACAUUAGAAAAGUAGUCAUAAAAAUACAUUGAACAUUAAAAAGUACACAACCAAAUUGCACAAUUUCCACGUGAUCCAUAAGAUCCAAAAUAAAGGUACAAAGACUUAACAGCACCAACACCAACAAGACAUCUCCCCCGCCCCCCCAAAACCCCCACAGCUUUUGUAGUCUGUCAGUCAUGUCAGUCAGGGCCUCCCCCUCCCAGACCAGGUGGGGAAAGGCCUUCAAGGCAAGGCUGUCCCCACCCAUGCAGUGCCUUUGGCGUGCCUGAUGUCCUGGGGCUCCUGCAGAGCCAUGGAGGGGCAAGACCACCAGCCAGUCCACAGGGCCUGCCGUCUUCUUGUUACCUUGUCAGUAUUUUCUCUCUCUCUGUUGCUCUCUCUACGAUAAUAAGAAUAAGAAUAAUUUAUUUAUACCCUGCCCUCCCCAGCCAAGACCGGUCUCAGGGCAGCUAACACCAAAUAUAAAAUACAGUAAAAACGUUUUUAAAAAAGAACAGUUGAUUAAAAUAUAGGUUAGAAUACAGUUUAAAACACAGCCUUGUUUUAGUGGUAGCCUAUAGAUCAAAGCCUUAAGGAAAGAAAACGUCAAAUAUUCCCCUGGGCCAACUAUCCAUGCUGGUUCUACAUGGGCCAGCAUAAAGAGCCGAGGGAAAAUUUAUAUACAAAAUCCCAUAUAAGGGGUUCCAUUAAAAUUUUUUUUUUAAAGAAUUGCUCACUCCUGGUGGCUGCUUUUUGUUCCCCAAGCCCCUUCCACCUGCACGGGGCCUUCCUGUUCCUGGUUGCGCUGCUCACCCAAACUAUCCAUGCAGUUGUCACGCAGCCCAGCAAUUUGAGGAGGUGGGGUCGACCCCUGUUGCUGUGCUCCUGGUGCCAGUUGUGCUUUCUGCUCUUUUCCCUAGGAUGUCCUGCGGGGAAGGUAUGGCAGGCAGAAUAUGAAAGGUGAGUGUGCAGAGCAGAUGAAAUGAGAGAAUUCCCUUUGCCGGAACAGAGUUGCGUCCAAAGAGUCACAACAACUUAGAUUAGAGCGGCUUCAGUGUUGCUUCAACACACCCACUUUGUAGUCAGAGGCAGUUAAGACCUUAGCGACCACAUUCACUUGAUUCCCAGGACAUGCACCCACCUCAGAAAGUUUUAGGGACUCCCAACUCCCCCACUGGUUAGUUUAAGGAAAUCUUGCUGGAUCCGACCAAUGGCCCAUCUGCUCCAGCGUUGUGUUCUCACCAGAUAUUGUAAUGGAACACAGCUGGUCAGAGCCUGAUGCUGAUCCCACCCAGGUUGCAGCCUCAGUCCCUCUGUGGGACAGCUGCAUAUUCCCUCCCAAUUCUACAGCUCUGUGAUCCUGCGAAAACCUGCAAGCAGGAUUCAAGCACAAGGGCACUACCCCACCCUCCUGCUGUUUCCAGCUACUGGCAUUCAGAAGCGGAAACUAGUGUUCAGAAGCAAACAACAGAUAUUCGGGUUUUCCCCACCAAACCCCUUGAGAUGUUCCUGCUGCUGUGGCAGGAUCUCAAAAGGGAAGGAGGCUCCGUUUGUGGCCAGUGCAGCACUUGCGCCAGUGGAUUUGAGGGGUUUUCAGAGAGGGACUUCCUGCUGAUUCCAGUACUUCUGGGACCUCUAGUCAGCUGUAUUGUGCUUUGGAGACCCAACCUGCCCCUGGGGGUUGUUCUCCAGGAGGUUGGCACCAGUCUUAAAGAUGCCUCUGGCUCUUAAGGCAAGACGCGAGUAGGCCUGGCUGGGACAGACCACCAAAAGCUGCUGGGAUCUGCUCACUCACUGUGCUGCAGCCUUAAGCGGCGCCUGACCUUUGCCUGUGCGUACAAGUGCAUUAUUAUUUGUUAAAUUCGUUAGUCAUUUUACCUUGCCCAAAGCAACUUACAACCAGCCAACCAAAUAACAAAACAAAAGCCCAUAUAAUUAGAACCAAGAAGAGAAACAAAUUAGAAACAUCCCACCAACUUCUAAAAGGCCACAGAUAAUCAAAGGCCUGAUUAUAGAAGGAAGUUUUUGACUGGUGCCUAAAGAUCAGGAAUGUGCCAGUCAAGCAGGAAGCCACCCCAAAGAAGGCCCAUUCUCAUGUUACUGCCUUUUGUAUUUCCCACACAAAUAAGAUGAUAGUCGCAGGAUCCAGGUUGCUUCAUGGGGGGAGAGGCUGUCCCCUUUGCCAAUACCAGCAGUGGUUCUGCUCCUCUCACUCUCUCUCCCUGCACCUCUGCUCUCAAAAUAGCGCUGGUGGGAACAUCAGCUUUGUCGGCCGGCCGUGGCGCAUCGUGGACGGCAGCCUGAACAAGCCAGUCUGCAAGGGCAUCAUGGAGGGGGUGCUGUGCCACAUCAUGACCAAGCCCGGCAUAACGGAAGCAGCUCUCUGCCACCACUAUUUGGGCGUCCUGCAGCCAAUGGCUCUUCUGGAGAUUCUGCAGGUAUGUUUGGUCUCCUGGGAUCAAAGUGGAUCCCCUCUGUCCAGGUGUUUCCAGCUUACCUGCAUGUUGCUGCAUGGGUCCCUUCCCAGUGCUCAGCGUGCAAGAACAGCGACCGUUGGUGGCAAAGAAGGGAAUGGCCAUAUCUUUACAGGCCCAGGGCAGAGGCAGAGGCAGGAGGUCAGCUAGUCCCAGCCUCUGUCUUAAAAUAGAAGUUUAUAUAUUUAGCCACAUUUGUUUCCCACCCUACUUCCAAGGCCAGAGUAAAGCACUUAGGCAUUUUCUGGAAACUCUUAUUCAGGAGAUUUGGAGCUGGGGUUGCACAAUAGCUUUGGUGUUCUGCACCCUUGAUGGAUGCAGAGCAGGACCUGCCCACCCAAACUCCUACCAUUGUUAGGGAGCAGAGCCUGGCUGUGGUGGCAUGGGGCAAGGAAGGAGCCACCUCAGGAAAGGCCACGGUUCUCUUCCUGCAGAGGGAAGGCAUUUAGGAGGCACACUCCACCUUAAGAUGUGCCCAUCGGCAGCUGCUAUUUUCUUACAUGUUGAAAAUGCUAAAUGGCCAGUGGUGGACGGAACUGCUUGUACAUCUCUCAAUUGCUUCAGCCAGCAUGACCAAUUGGGAUUCCAGCAACAUCUGGAAGGUCCAACUUGCCCCCCGCAAUGAAACCACUGCUUUCAAUACAGCCUACGCCCAACACUUUUGAAAAGGUUAGCGUUCAGUAACUCUGUGUGUGUGUGUGUGUUAAAUUUUCCCCUUUGCUUUACAGGGCCUUGAAUCUCUUGGCUGCAUCAGGAAAUUCCACUUGAAGCAGCAGAGACCAGCCUCGCUCUUCUCAAAGCCGACCCUUGAGGAGCUGGUCGGCAGCCCCAAACUGAGCAGCACGCCCACCGUCUUCUAUGAGCCCACUGUUGACUGCACCCUGAAAAUGGGCAGGGUCUUUCCCUAUGAACUGAACUGGAACAAGUGGGUGCAGCUGGCUCCCUUGUGAUGAGGCCUCUUUUGUACAGUAGGACAGUGAAUGUUGUUGCAUGGUUUUGUUAAUAAAGAGAUCGUUUCUGUACCUC